CAAUGGUUCACUAGUUCAACCACUAGGUCAAUUGGUUGGACUUGUCAUAUAAUAAAAAAUAGAAUAAAUUAUAAAACAUAAUAAUUUUGUUAAAAAAAUAUAAAAUAUGUUCACAAUACAUACAAUCUAUCAUACAUAAAAUUAAGUCGAGAAAAGAAAUUGAUUAAGUUUACAAUAAAAUUAAAAUGCUCAGAUUGUAAUUAAUUUGAUAGUCCUUGCAAUUGGUCUUUUUACCCAACACUCACCACACCGUCAAAGCCAACCUAUAGUGACCGAGACAUAAGACAACAGUGGGUAACCGUCAAUCACACAAAACCAAUCCUUCAAGCCUCCUUAAUUUGUGUGUGUGUGAGAGAGAGAGAGAGAUGGCAAAAGGGAGAAGAAAACUUACCACACCAGAGUCGGAGGAGAUUAGGCCGCAGUGGAGAAGACUUGGAUUUUUUGAGACAGUGAAGGUGCACAGUGGAGAGAGAGAGGGGAGAAGACUUGGCGAAGCUAUGCAUAGUGGAGAAGACGAUUGGGUUAGGACAAAAUUGUCCAAAAAAUGAAUUUUAAAUUUUUUUUUCCAAUUGAAAGUCGAACCGCUGGUUUAUACCGUUUUGUUUGGUUCACUAGUUUUAUUCAAAACUGGCUAGUUUAGUGGUUUAUCACCGGUUCAAUUAAUAAAUUGGACUAGUCUAUGCUCUGGUUCACGGUUAAACCGGUCUGACCGACCAGUUCGGUCCAGUUUUGAU